AUGUCCGUAGCCUCAGAUAAAGGCCAGUUUGGUGGUCAGCUUCCACCAUCCGAGCACAUUCCUCCUGCUCUAGCUCGGGCCUCGCUGCGCCUUCGCUUUCCUCCAGCAUACGUGGUCGUUGGCGUCUACAGAUUGUUUACGGAUAAAUCUCUUUAUGCCCCUGCAUGGGAUAAAUGUCGACAUGGUGCAAGUAGAGGUCUGAUAGUCGGAUUCGUCUGGACGCUGUUGACAUAUGGGAUUCAAAAGAGAAUAAUCAAAGCAGCUCUCAGCAACCCGUCAUCCAUCUUCUCCUUCAGUUACCUCACCCAGCUCUCGCAGACUGCAGACGAGUUAUCACAUGAAUCCAUCCUGGGUUUUCACCUCCCAUUCAAUAUAUCUACUUAUGUCACGGUGCUAUUUCUAGGCACACAGCUGACCUCGGUACUCAACUUCUUCCUAUCUCGUAAUAUCCGUGUAGCGCGACAGCGCGUUUGGGACCAAACCGUCGCCUCCAGAGGGAAGGGCCCCGAAUUCUGGCAACCCUACGUUGAGGAAUGGGAGUUCCCUCCGUUUGUCGACCAACGUGCACGUGGACGCAUUCAAAGGAUGUUCAAGACAUGGAUCGCACGGUUUAUCAUUCACAAAGUUUUACUGUUACCCCUGUCGCUCUAUCCGUUCUUCGGAACGAUAAUCUCGGCUUGGUUCAAAGCCAUGAGCACUGCUGAAUACUUGCACAAACCGUACUUCGAAUCCAAGAAAAUGACCACGCAGCAAACGGCUGUUUUCAUCGAGGAACGUAAAUGGGAUUACUGGUUUUUCGGGUUUGCGGCUGCACUAUUGGAGGACAUCCCCAUAGUUGGUCUCAUUUUCACCGUCUCCAAUCGCAUAGGUGCUGCAAUGUGGGCACAUGAUCUCGAAAAGCGACAGCAUUACAUCGCUAGUAAGAAAUCAGGAUCAGCCCAGACCAAAGGAAAAGACGCUCGCUAUGUAAAGGUCGACUGA